UGUACACAGAUAUGCUUAGUUGGUCUGCCUGGAGAGAAGUUGUGAAAGAAGCAUUACUGACUGAGAAAUAGACAAAGUCAUUAACCGGAUGACAGGAAACAUCAACAAAGAACUUUCUUCCGCUUUUGUCUUUCGCUUAUCUAAAGUCCUCGCACAGAUACACCCAACAACCUCUGUGCGGUCAUACUAGUGCAGUCAUGGAGGGGAGAGCAUCGAGUCGACUGAAAUUAUUUUCGUCGUGCAUUCGCUCCCUUGGCCGGUCGGCUGCCAUGGGAAAUACGGAAACGUCUCGGGGAUGACUGAGUCCCUUUCUUCUACCUCUCUUUCUUUCUCCCUCUCUCUAUCUCUGUGUGAAGUCGCGCGGUCUGUGACUGAUGUACGUACAGGUGGUCUAUUUUUGGCUGGCAAUGAAAUAUGAGAUGACGAGCCGUGCGUUAAAAAAGUGGCUGGCAGAGUGAGAGAUUUCUGCCGGUCCUCCUUAUGUUCUUUUUAUGUUCGAGCUUCUCGUUCCCACCAGCGUGGUCCUCGUGAAUGCGACCACGACUGAGAAGAGGCCAAAAACAUGCUGUGGGCCCCUUUUCUUCUGCUGCGACUUCUUGUCACACCGCAGUCUUGCAGUUCCUGAAGCACUCGGCGAAUCUCCAGCUCAGCUGAUUUGCACGCGCCGUGUAUCCAUUUCAACAUAGUUCCUCAGUCUGCGGCUUGUGACGUGCGCUCUGGGAUCUCUGGAUCUCUUCAACUCAAAGCUCGGUGGUGACGAGCGCCAACACGGGGCUGGUGAGUGACGCACACGUAUGUCACCGACUUUGACGACGUCACACGUGCUUGGACCAUGGAGCAUCCAAAAGUCAGCGAACUUGCCCUGACUAGUCUCCCUUUGCUUCUGGUACUGCUGCUGGCCCCUGAAGUUGGCUCCCUUGACUUCAACUACCAUGAUGCGGGGCAGCUUGAAACCUUCUUGAAGGAAAUCGCCCGGACAUACCCCUCCCUGACUCACGUUCACAGCAUCGGGAAGAGCGUCAAAGGUGCGGACCUGUGGGUGAUUGUCAUCGGCGAGAGUGCCGGGCGUCACGUGCUUUUGAGGCCGAAUGUGAAAUGUAUCGCAAACAUGCAUGGGAACGAGGCGGUAGGACGAGAGGAGCUGCUGCACCUGGUGGAAUACCUUGUCACUAAUUACGGCAAAGACCCCACAAUCACCAACCUGCUCAACACCACCACCAUCCACCUGAUGCCGACGAUGAACCCUGACGGCUUUGCUGCGGCCAACGCCACCGACUGCAAGGGAGUCCAGGGCAGGCUCAAUGCAAAACGCUUUGAUCUCAACCGCAACUUUCCAGGCUUUUCAGAAAAUGACGGACGAGAUUCAAAAGAAACUCUUGCCAUCAUUGACUGGGUCCAGUCGACACAGUUCGUCCUGUCGGCCAGUCUGCACGGCGGUGCUUUGGUGGUCAAUUAUCCCUUCGACAAUUAUCGAGGAGGUUCCAGACGAGGUGCGCGCGCUUCUAGGUCACCUGACGAUGACGUAUUCGUACAUCUGGCCAAAACCUACUCCUUUGCUCACCCGACCAUGAACAAGGGCCAACCCUGCUUCCCUGGAGACGAUCGCUUUCCCCAGGGGAUUACAAAUGGCGCCCAGUGGUAUCCGGUUAACGGAGGAAUGCAAGACUACAACUACAUCGAGGCUAGUUGCUAUGAGCUGACGGUGGAAAACUCGUGCUGCAAGUACCCGCCCGCCAACAGGCUUCCCACCUUCUGGGAGGCCGACCGCAAACCGCUGCUGGACCUUUUGCAGAAAGUUCACAUGGGAGUGAAGGGCCUUGUGCUGGACGAGGAUGGGAACGCCGUGUACAGGGCAGUGGUCAUCGUGGAAGGACGGGAACAAGUUCCCUUCAGAACAUCAAAGUAUGGAGAGUUCUGGAAACUUCUUCUGCCUGGUGAUUACAACCUGAUGGUAUCGAUGAUCGGGUACCACACCAUGACCACUCCAUUCCAAGUCUCAAACGGAUCAGUUACCCGGCUGGACAUCACGCUACAUAGGGAGAAGUGGGACGCCCCGUCGGAAGCUCCAACUGCGCAUGCGCUCACAACCCUAUGGCUGCUAUGCUCACCUGUUCUAGCGCGUCUGUUGGCGUAGUGGAUGUUCAGAAGAUCUCCUGCCAGCGGGAAUUCUUUGGCGAAUAUUCUGGAUCACAGCCUUUGUCAAUAGGAUCGUGUCGCAUAAUACCUUCCAGCACAGUGCAUCCACCUGUAUAUUUCCUUUUUUAUUUUUUUUAAGUUUAUUUGUUGUAAUUAUUGUUUGUUUAUUUUAUUUUUUUAUUUGCUUUUGUUUUUUGUUUGUUUUUUGGGGUUUUUUUUUUUUUUUUUUUUUUUUGGCACGUUGAUUUGAGUCCGGUACGCCUUGCUUUGAGUUGCUCUGUUCCAGGGUAUGCAACUCUUUGCUGUUUUUCAACAUUCGUUGUUACCUUCCUUGAUAUUAUAUAAAAACCGAUAUGUGCGAAAGUUUCCGAUGAUCCAAGCAUGCGUUCUCUUGAACAAAAGCACACACACAAAAGCUGUUUACAAAACAAAAUGUUUAAAAAAUGUUUGAUAAUAUUUACUGUUUUUGAUUAUUCCAGAUCAUAUUGACGUGAACAAUGUCCGUGAAUAACAUAGAAGUUCUGAUGAAUGUAUUUUGUGGGCGCGAUUACCACGCGUGUUUGUGUGUAUGAACGAGAAAGAAUGGUGUGUGGGUGUGUGUGUGUUGUAGAAGAUCGCAGAGCAUCUCUAUAAUUCCAUUAAAGCUGAAAUAACCGACUCCCACCUUUUAUGCCCUUCAGACGAUCGGUCCACGCGUGUUCACCGGUGUAGCAGUUUAACGUGUGAAAAUAUCCAGUGAUGUUUCGUCGAACAGCAGGGGAAUAAAGAUGGACAGCAGAUAAGAAUGGGUGAAGAGACAAUUACCUGAUCGUUCUUGUCGGUCUCUACAACUGAGAGACGAGGCGGAACUCGGCGCAAAACGUUACCAGCCCGUCGUAUACUCAGUAAGAGGGAAGACGUAGAUGUCACGUGAAGACAGCGUAACGACGUCACAUACGUGACUGCACAGGAGCACUUAUUUGUAGAUGUUGACUUGCUUCUCCGUAGAAAAAUGGCAGAGCAGAAUCCAAUUUGAAACCUUAAAUUAUUCGCAAGUAAAUGCGUACGCACGCGCGUACACACAUGCACACAUAUGCCAGCGACACGGUCAGUAAAGAAGGCGAAUGAAUACACUUAGCUACUGACAGAGCUCAUUGUCUCUCCUAUAAACGGUAAAGUCUUUUUGUGUUACUUUCAUCAGAGGGAGGAUAUAGCGUUUGGGCCACCGAGACAUUGCGGCGAGAGCUUAACUGAAAGCCCGUUAAAUCCCAAAUUAACGCAAUGACUGAAAUAAACACAACAGAAAUGAGUUCUUUCUAAUGUUGUGUGUUUAUUUUCUGUGUACUGAGCCUUCUCAUGAUUUUCAAUAAACUCUACUGGCGCUCACGUACCAUAACCAGGCCCUGA